CUGAUCUCAGGCUGAGCCUCUAGGCAGGCUCCGCCCCACCCCCCGGGGAAGGAUCCAAGGAGGCUGGCGGCUGAGGCCUGCCAUCCCUAGCCCCAGUGGCUACUCUGUGCCAACUCAAAGUCACCUUUGCUCCAACUAUUCAGCUGGCUGGACCCAGCCAGCCAAGGACGCCCUCCCACUUGGCCCAGCGGGAUCCAGGAACUGGUCCCUAUUGGGCAAUCAUUAAUCGGAUUCUUGACAUUCCUGGGCCUGGGUCAGCCUGAGAAGCAUGCUCCCCAGAGAAGCAGAGGCCCAGGACUGGCAUUUGGACAUGCAGCUGACGGGCAAGGUAGUGCUGUCCGCUGUUGUGCUGCUCCUGGUGACAGCGGCCUACGGACUGUACAAGUCCAGGCCUGCCCGGGCGCCGCAGAAGGGUGGGAACACCGAGGCCAACGCUGAGAAGGAAGCAGAGGGCUCAGGGCAGCCUGCCGUCCAGAGUGCUUCUCCAGGAACACUCCAGAGGCGGCCAAGACGCCAGAGGGCCAGCCACGGGGCUGGAGCCCCAUUGGGCUGCAGCUGGAAGGACCCGGGAGGACCCUGCGUCCCAUUGCCGGGAGCAACUUGCAGAGACAGGAAGCCCGCAAUUAAAGGUGGACAGUGCUUGGGCUCUGAGCAGGUGCCUCCUUGCUGCUGCGGCCAGGAAGCUGGAGCAGCUGUUGGCGGUAAGCCCACCCCUCCCUGCAGCUCUUCAGCUGGACUUGCCGCGGCAGUGGACGGCAGCUGUGUGGGUGGUGAACCUGCUGCAUGGCCAGACAGCGGACUCCCAGAGCAACCAGAGCCAGGGGAACUAGGACCCACUCACAGCUGGGCGGCCCCCACGGAAGGCGGCAGUGACAUGAACCAGAAAUGGGUCUUCAGCCACGUGACAGAGGUGAACAGGGAAGAGACCAGGACCCUCCAGGCUACCUCAGACAUGGGCCUGGCCGUGCAGCAGCAGGAGGGAGCCACCAAUGCUUCCUACACCUUCUCAUCCAUGGCGCGGGUCCGAAUGGAAGAGAAUUUCAUACAGAAGGCAGAGGCGCCAGGGCCCCAGCUGAAGGGCAAGGUAUAUGAUUACUAUGUGGAAUCCACUUCCCAGGCCACAUCCAAGCGGGCCUCCAGGACAGCAGCUCUGGCUGAAUCUGCCUCCCCUGGGCCAGUGCUAGAGCCCCUGGGAAGAGGAGCAUCCUCCAGGGGCCAAGCUAGUGAUACAGAAGAUGGGGCCAAAGCAUGGGCCUCCCCACAGCUGGAGCUGUCACCCUCUGCACAUGGCUUCAGCAGGAAGGAGAGUCUCCUGCAGAUCGCAGAGAACCCAGAGCUCCAGCUCCAGCCCGACAGCUUUGGGGCACCUGCUCCAGCUCAUCCAGACCAGGGAACCCUGCCGAGUUCAUCCGCGUGCGGUGGGGAAUCCCACAUACAGCUGGUGGCUAUGACCAAUAUCUUCCACAUCCCGCUCAGCCCUGCUUCCACCCUGGACAUCUGCCUGGAUCUGGGCAAUUGCUAUGAGGUGCUGACCUUGGCCAAGAGGCGGGACCUGGAGGCCCUCAAGGAGGCAGCCUACAAGGUGAUGAGCGACAACUACCUCCAGGUGCUCCGCAGUCCGGACAUCUACGGGUGCCUGAGUGGUGCAGAGCGGGAACUGAUCCUCCAGCGACGGCUCCUUGGCCGCAAGUGCCUGGUGGUGGCUGACAUGUGCCCCCAGGAAGACUGUAGCCGCCUCUGUUGCUAUGACGAAGAACAGGAUGCCUGGUACCCACUGGCCCAGCUGCCCCCUGAGGCUGUGUCCCGGGGAUGUGCUGUCUGCAGCCUCUUCAAUUAUCUCUUUGUGGUGUCUGGUUGCCAGGGGCCCGGGCACCAGCCCUCCAACCGUGUCUUCUGCUACAACCCACUGACAGGGAUCUGGAGUGAGGUGAGUUCCCUGAACCAGGCCCGGCCUCACUGCCAGCUGGUAGCCCUGGAUGGCCACCUGUAUGCCAUUGGGGGAGAGUGUCUGAACACAGUGGAGCGUUAUGACCCUCGCCUGGACCACUGGACCUUUGCCCCACCACUCCCCAAUGACACUUUUGCCCUGGCGCACACGGCCACGGUGUGUGCCGAUGAGAUCUUUGUCACAGGCGGCACGCUGCGCUACCUGCUGCUCCGUUUCUCCGCCCAAGAUCAGCGCUGGUGGGCCAGCCCCACGGGCGGUAGCAAGGACCGCACGGCCGAGAUGGUGGCUGUCAACGGCUUCCUGUACCGCUUUGAUCUGAACCGCAGCCUGGGCAUCAGCGUGUACCGCUGUAGCGCCACCAUGCGGCUCUGGUACGAGUGCGCCACGUUCCGUUCGCCUUACCCGGACGCCUUCCAGUGCGCCGUGGUGGACACCCGCGUCUACUGUGUGGGGCGCUACCGCACACUCUGCUUCCUGGCCGACCACGUCUCACCCAGGUUUGUGCCCAAGGAGCUGCAGCACUUCCCAUCUCCACGGGGCACCCUCCUGCCCACUGUCCUGACCCUGCCUGGCCCUGACGUGCUUCAGACCAGGGUCUAGCAGCCCCUUUGCCAGUCUCCCCAAGACAGAUCAGAAGGCAGAGCCCCAGCCCUGCCAAUCACUCUGGGAGAGCAGAAAUUUGGCCAUAAAGAGGGGAAUUUUAGCCCCACCUCCUCUGGCUUCGGGGUCCCAGAUGGGUCUUUCCCCUCUAUGGGCUGCAGAAGCCUGCUUCACAGAAUAGUGACGCUAGGGACCAGCCUUCCGAAGCAGAAGGUAUCACAUCUGCAUGGAUGAUCACCAUCUUGCUUCAGAUCUCAAAUCUUGAGGGCUACACCAGGACCCCAUUGAAGCUUAGCUUAUCCAACCACAGCUCUAGGUGUCCUCAGAGGCCCCUCAACCUAUCCCUCUGGAGAUGGGCCAGGCCUCUGUGAGCCUCCAGGCCCCUUCCUAAACAUGAGUCACUGGGCCCCACCUUUAAUGUACCCAGAAGCACCUGGGGCACAGGUGGGAAAAGUUGGGGGGGGGGGUUAGGCAGGACUGGAAAGAGCUGGGGGUUCAGGCAGAAGGAGAGAGGGUUGAAGCUGUUGAUCGGCUGAAGUUGCAGGUGCCCACAGUCCUCUCGUCUGCAGAGUAAAUUUACCCAACCCUAUUUCUUCUUGUUCCUGGAAUUCUGUAUACUGGAAGGAAGAGAAACUAACCAUCUUCUUAUAGAGGUCUACUCAGAAUAUGAUCGAUUCUGUAAAGAACAAAGUCUCAGGAAAGGGAAGAGCUGACGUGAUUCAAAGCCACCUUCUUCCUAGACCCCUGCUCAUAUCCGCUGUUCCCUGACUGCAGCAUUCUUGCCCCGGACCUCUGAAUCCUUUAGGUGACCAGCCUCUGUCUGGAAGUGAGGAAGCCACUACCUGUCAGUGUUUCAGGACUGGGGAGAGGGCACAGCAGGACGGCCCCCCCUCCGCCAUGUGGUCACCUGAUUAGGCUCGUCGGUCAAGGGAGGACCAGGGAGGGCCCGAUCUAUCAUAGAGCUGCAGAGCUGGAGGGUUCUGCUGGAGCAUCCAGAGAUUCCUUUCGCAUCAGCUUUGGUAAAUUCUGAACGGUACCCAUUCUUCCCAGAAGGAAGGGAGACGGGUUGGUCCACUCUACCCCCAUAGCCCUUAUUCCCUCUCUGAGAGACAAAGAUCUUGGCCCCAGCCUGGAGCAGGGGACAUGGGACAGGGCCUGACAGAUGAGAAGAUAGCAAUGCCUUGGAUCUCAGUGUUCUGCAGAGUUCUUCCCAAAUUGCAGGUGGUCCCAGCAGGAGCUCAGGCCCACUGUAGAUGUUGGGCUGGGGCUGGAGUCUUUUGAGAAGAUGCAGAAUGAGAGCACAGAAUGGGAAAGAGGUUGGAAUGGAGAUGAGAAGAAAGCUUUUAUUGGAUCACACAGGCCACCGUCCCUAGUCUAGGGCAUGGGAAGAUGAGACAGCUAAAUUUAUUCCUAAAUUGGAGACUGGGAAGGAAAGCCAGCUGGGACCAUAGCUGGGCCCUGGGGAGAGAAAUACUCAGGCAUGGGCCUCCGAGGGGUAGGAGCAGGAAGGAUGCUUUCAGUGAUGAGACUCAAAGGAGACACUGACAUUGUGAUUUCAAGUAGAGGAGGGUGUGCUUGGGAGGCAAAGCCCAUCAGGAAGCUGGAGCAGCUGGACCCAAGCCCAGGCCAAAGGAAGGCCUCUGGUGAGCAGCAGGAGAAGGAGAAGCUGGGUAAAGUUCAGGAAAGGUUCCAGACCCAGGAAGGACAAGGGAACACUCUAGGUACACAUUUGGAAGCCCAUUGCAUACCAUAGGUGGGGACCACAGAGAUGACUGCCAGAGGAAGGCAGCAAAAUUUGUUCCAGCCCCCAGUUAACAGUGGGUGUGACUGUCAUGGUGAGGGGGAGAGCUGAGAUUAGGCUGGUUUGAGAUGACAGGUACACAGUACAGCUAAUCUACUUCCCUUAUGAUCCCAUGGCAGACAUCACUAAUCAAUGGCCUAUCUUUUCGAGUCCUUAUAAUGACCUCAAACUAUUCCCACCCAGUGUGCCAGAGGUCAUAGUCAUUACCAAUAGAUCAGAGCUGGUGUACUUAUAAUCACUGAUCUGGGUCUCUGGAGCUAGGUUUAGGAAUGGAAAUGUUCAGGACAUCAGAGUGAAGCAAGGUAGCUCUGGAAACCUGAAAAGACCCUCAAGGGGCGUGAUGCCAGGAUCCAUCCAAUCACUGGUGAAAUAAGCAUUUAUAGACUAUUUGGGCCAGGCACUGUUGUAGGGACUGGUGAUAUAGCAGAUCUCUGCCUAGUUUUGUAAAACAAGCAUAGAGAUGAAUAUUUACAACCCAUGUCACUAAGGGAAAAGGCGAGGGAAGGGACUGCUCUUUCAAACAGUGUGACCAGCCUCCUUGAUGGGAUGGAAUCUGAGCAGGAGCCCCAGUGGAAAUCUAGGAGAUGCACAGGCCAGGAAGGGGAAAGGCCACUCUUGCCACACCAUGCCAGCUGGAGAGAACAAGGCUGCUUCCCUGGUGUGCCAUCUUGGUGUAGAGGAAAGGCCCAGCUAUUCUGAUUGGGCCUUGCUACACGGGAAAGAAUUCGAUCACACCAACAAUUGUGAAAGAGACAUCUUGUGUGGAACAAGCUACAUUCCCCAGAGAGAAGCAGAGUUCACACAUUCAGGGAAGAGAGCCAAGGUAAUACCAGGAUGUUACAGACGUCAUAUCUAGCUUGCAGCUGAGUAACAGAGCAACGAUGUCUUUUUGCGGGAUCAGAGGCUAGGAUUUCCAUUUGACCUGGUUUAAUAGCCUGGGGUCUGUGACCUCUUGCUCUUAGAGCAGAGUGGCCUCUAUCACUUGGCUUUUAGUGGAUAUCUGUCUUGCUUUUCCAAUAAGAGUUCUUUCUUCUUUAGAAAAAAAAAUAAUUAAGUCUGAGUUGCUUUCCAUUUUAAGCCAGCCUUGUCUGUUAUAGAAAAAAAUGGAAAAUAGAGAAAAGUAUAUAUAAAGAAAACUCCUCAUUUUGCCACCCAAAGAUAUCCCCUCCCGUGGCACAUGCCUCCCUCUGCCCUUCUUCUGUGCCGUUUUUGUUCAGCUCGAUUUUUGCCUAGGAGUGAUUAUGCUGAGUGUACAAUUCGGCUGCUUCCUCUCUUCACAUAGCAUUUUAGAAUAAGCAUUUUCCCGUGUUAUUACAAACCCUCAGUAAACAUCAUUUCAAUAGUUGCACAAUAUUCCGCCGAGUGAAUGUAUCACGGUUUAUUUAAACAUUCCUCCCUCCUGUUGGGCCUGCGGGUUUUUUCCCCCGGUUGGUUUCUUUCUGGAUCAUAAAUAAAACCUCCUUUGUUUUCUUGUCUCCUUUCUGGGGCUUCUAUCAAUAUUUACAAGAAAAGCCCAGCCUAGGUCCUGUCUGGAAGAGCAGAGUCGCUGAAACAGAAGCCAGAGCAUUUGCCUACAGCUGGGGCUGUGGCUGGGCUGCUCUCUGUCUAUAGCACGGUACUGAAAAAAAAAAAAAAAAUUAGAAAAACCUCAUAUUUUAGACCACUCAGGUUCAAGGCUGUCAGGUUCUGCUUUCCUCUUGUAGUGAGGGGUAGUUCCAGAUCGACUGACUUGCUGAUCUGAGGGUCUCGAGGCUCAAAGCACUAACCCUUUUCCUGGACUGGAGAACGGUAGAGCUUCAGAAGUGCUCAAAGGUCCUUGGAAGCCCUGAGAAGCUGCCAGGUGCAGGGAGCUCCUUUCCCUUACGGAUGGGGAGUAGCCACCCCGUGGGGCCCGGAAGAACCAGACUGUGUCUUAGUUGCAUAUUUGGAGCAGCAGACAGGCUGUGCCUGGCUGUCAUCCUCCAUCCAAGGAGGAGGUGGAGACAUGGAUUUUAUACCAACAAGAGCAGUGUUCUCGGCACCAGGCAGAGCCUUGUGGCCCUGUCCCGCUCACCACCCCCAGGAGUCUCCUGAAGCUGUGGCUGCAGCCAGGAGCAGCCCCCUAGGCAGGUGCGAGGCUGCGGGCAGAAGGAGGAAGAUGAAACAUCAGGAAGGAGAUGCCUUCGGGGAACCGGGAGCAGAAGAAAGAAAUGAAGCUUCUACAAAUAGCUCCUGGCCUCCGGUCGUUUGAAAGGGGGUUGUGGGUCAAAAUAAAACAAAAAUGAGAAGCUA